AUGAUAAAACAUUUUUCUUCAUUUCAGAUGCCAAGGAACUGGACUAGAAAGACCUCUAAAGCGAGUUGGAAUGUAGACAACUUGCAGGCAGCUGCUGUACGCAUUAGAAAAGGAGUGUCAAUGCGCAAAGUUGCCGAGGAAACUGAAGCAAUCACAUCAACUAGCGGUAGGAAUGUUAUAGGACCGCAACCUUCCACAAGUGAUGAUAUUACAAAUUAUAAACCAAAUGAUAGUAUAAAUCAAGAGAACAAUAAAUCCAACAGUGAACCUCUAGCUGGCCUAGUUUCACAACUAACACUUCUACCUUGCAUUGGAAAAGGUAAAGGCAAGGGAAAAAGAACACAACAAUCAGAAAUUCUUACUGCCACGCCUUUGAAAACGGUUUUUAAAGAAAAAGAUAAGACACGAAAGAAAAAAGAAAAGCAUACAGGAGGCAAAGCCAUUAAGAAGAUAAAAGAAGUAAAAAAGAAGUUAUUUAAGUCAAGUUCGUCUGAAGAAUCGGCUGAUGAACAGGUUCUGUAUGAGAGUGGUGACAGUGACUUAGAAAAUAUUGAAAUCCCACUAAACAUCCAGAAAAACACUCAGAUAGAGCGUGAUCAGUCUGUGUGCACGAUAUGCCUCGAAGAGGGAAAAUCGAGAGAAAUCUGGUACCGUUGUCGUCUCUGUGCUGGAUGGGCCCAAGAGGCAUGUACAGUAUGUGAUGAUCCAAGUCGCUAUAGCUCUGAUUUUUGCAUUAAUUAA